AAUUCCCUCCCCCGUUUCCCUCCGGUUUCCUCCGCUGAUACACUCGCCUCCUAUCCCCCACCACAUCCCAGCCAUGGCUCUGGUUCUGCAGCUGCUGCCGUUGCUGCUGUCUAGGGCCCAGGGGGACCCCGGGGCUUCACUGGACGGCCGCCCUGGAGACUCGGUGAAUUUCUCCUGUGUAGGGGUCUCGCAUCCCAUCCGCUGGGCCUGGGCGCCUAGCUUCCCGGCCUGCAAGGGCUUGUCCAAGGGACGCCGCCCCAUCCUGUGGGCCUCAUCGAGCGGGACCCCCACUGUGUCUCCAGUCCAGCCCUUUGCUGGUCGCCUACGUGCCCUGGACCCUAGUAUCCGGCGGCUGGAGCUCCUCUUGAGCGCGGGGGACUCAGGCACCUUUUUCUGCAGGGGCCGCCACGAGGAAGAAAGCCGUACGGUGCUUCACGUGCUAGGGGACGGGGCUGAUUGCAGGGCACCGGGGCCUACCCACGGGUCGGUGAAUCCGCAGCUCCUCAUCCCCCUGCUGGGCGCUGGGCUAGUGCUGGGACUCGGGGCGUUGGGCGUGGUCUGGUGGUGGCACAGCCUUCGAGUUGCUGGGUUGCUGUUGGUCCGGAGGAAGACGAGAGACAAAAUUGGUGGCUCUCAGACUUAUACAUCCGUUACAGACGAUCACCCCCGCACCCGCCUCGACCACUCCCCAGAUUUGCUCUGUUCCCCCCAUAUAGAUCCACUCGUGAAAGUCAACCCCCAGAGGCCAGUAAAGGAGGAGGAGCCUAAGAAUGCAGGGGAACUGGACCAGGAGGCGAGCCUUCUCUACGCAGACCUGGAUCAUCUGGCCUUCAGAAGGCCCCUCCGGUUGUCCCCAGUGGUCCCGGCUGAUGCCUCCACCAUCUAUGCGGUUGUAGUUUGAAGGGAAGCCCUUAUCCCAAACCUCACAAGCUGGAGGUUCCCAGCUCUCCACAACUCCCCACCCCUUCUUGGCCCCUCACCUGGCAAAGGAAUGCACCACGGGAUAGAAAUGAGCACUAGUGUGAGAGUCAGGAGCCCCGGGUUCUCUGCGACUGACCGUGCUCCUUCAGUUACCCUCCCUCCUGUAACUUUCAUGUCUUCUUCACCACUGGUGCCCUCUCUAAACCUGAUCAAGCCCUGCCUCCCUAUCUUAAGACAUCAACAAGUCCUAGAUAGUUGUCCUGUCUCUUGGUUCCCUCCACAGUCCAGCUCUUUGAAUCAGGGGCCUACACCUUGUCUUUUCCUUCACUCCACUCCUCCUGCUCAUCAUCUCUCCAUGAGGUUGCCAGUGAGGUCCUAAAGGCCACACCCAGUAGAGUUUUUAGCUUGGUCUUUGAUUACUUCCUUUCUUUAUGCUGGUGUCUUCCUUUUGGACUCCUCUUCCUUGCUCCCUAUCCCCAUGGUAUUCCCCACCAUUCUAGGUUCGUCCCUUUAUCUGACUUCCCUCUCUUCUGGGAAUCUGUCAUCCACAGCCAGUCCUCAGCCCUCACCUCUGCAAACAACACCUAGAGCUCUCUCCAGCUCAGAUCUCGAGUAAUGGGAUUUCCCAUCUAUCCCUGGGACAUCCCUGCCUGGCUGGCUGUAGGCAUUCUGCACCCAGCAUAUCUAAAACCCAACUCAUUGUCACUCACUCAAUCCUCCUCUGCAUUCUCUCUUGAUCAACCAGUUGCCUAAGCCAGAAACUGGGAGUCAUGCAGACCUCCUUCUGCUCACUCCCACACAAUGAACCAAGUCCUGUCUUUCUAUUUUAAUGUCACUGUGAAAUCCAUACCCUUCUUCACGCCCAGGGCUGCCACCUGAAUAUACUCUCCUCAUUUCCUCCCUGGGUGACUCAUAGCCCCACCUCAUCCUCUUGCCCCUGCCCUCUUCCCUGAAGCCAGAGAGGUUCUCCCCAAAUGCAAACCUUCUCACAACCUGUAUUCCAGAGUUGCAGGAUUUCUUUCCAUAACUUUCAGCUCUGGACCCAUGGGUCUUGGCUUUGGGUACAAGGUGCUGGCAGCACUCUGCCUACCCUCCAGGCUUGUCUCUGUCACUCCACAAGCGCACAGCAUGCCAACCUGGUAGAGGUUCUCCCCAGCCUCCAAAUAUGGCUUCGCGCCACACAAGUCCUUCUUCCUGGACCUUUUUUCCUCCUCCCCACUACCUUCCUGGCUAAUUCUUCUUUAUCCCCAAGACUCAGUUGAAAUGUUGCUGUUUCUGGGAAGCCAUUCCUGACCCUCUCUGCCUACCCCUGCAGACAUUUUGAUGCUGUAGGCAGUCUCCUUAUUUAUCUCUUAGCAACAACACCCUGUGAAUUGUUCCAUCACAACCUGUAUUUCAAUUUCAAUGUACUGUGAGUUCCCUGCUCUCAGAAGACUGACCCUUUUUACAUUACUGCUAAGCCUCAGUAAAUGAGUGAAUGAAA